AAUAUUUUCAAUCAUUUAAAAAUAAUGAUAUUUAUGGUGUUUUGCCAUUUGUAGCACCUGAAGUUUUAAGAGGUCAACCUUAUACUUUAUCUAGUGAUAUUUAUAGCUUUUCUAUGAUUCUGUGGGAAUUUAUAUCUGGAGUUUUUCCAUUUGAUAAUAAAGCUCAUGAUUUUCAACUUAGUUUAGAUAUGUAA